AGAAAUUGGCAUUCACAGAUUGGGGCAGCGUUGGUGGUGCUGUUCGUCGCCGGAGUUGCUGCCAAGGAGGAGGCUGCGCCGAGCAAGAUCAGGCGCGGAGUUUUCGGCCUGGGAUACGGCGUCGGUGGGUCUUACGGCCUGGGCGGCUCAUUCGGGCUGGACGGACAUGCCUUCGGCGCCUCUGGACACGCAUUCGGCUCUCAUCCCGAACACGUUUUCGGCCACGAAGUCACCAUCACCAAGGAGGUCCCCGUGCACGUGCCGCACCCUGUGCCCGUGCCUGUGGUGAAGAAGGUACCCUUCCCCGUGCCACACCCUGUGCCCUACCCUGUCGAGAGGCCUUACCCUGUUCCCGUGAUCAAGUCCGUGCCUGUUCCCUACGAUAAGCCGGUGCCCGUCCCCGUGGAGAAGCCCGUGCCCGUGCCUUUUCCCGUGAAGGUGCCCGUGCCCCAUCCUGUGCCUGUGCCCUACCCCGUGCCUCGUGCCAUCCCCCAUCCCGUCGAGGUGCCCUUCGCCAAGCCCGUCCAUUUCCCUCAGCCCUGGUAAAUUUGUUAUAUAUGAAUUCUGGCUAAAUAAAUUUUAUUUUC